UUAAAAAAAACAGUGCAAUAAUUCUAGAUCGUUGCUCUCGUUGCUAGUGUUGUACAAUGCAGGAUUUAGUAAAAAUCAACGACAAACAUUAUAUUGUCGAUAUUCGACAGCAGAAAUCGACCCCCGACGAUGGCGCCUCAUCGUCCGCAGGACAAGCAACGAUGAUUCAGUGCAGUGUUUUCGAUUUGGUCCAGCUGUGGAGCGAAACGAUUGCCAUCACCGAUUUAAUCGAACGGGAAAAGCGAACGAACUCUAUCGUUCAGUAUUCCGCCGAAAUCAUCAGUGAAACAAUGCUAGCCCGAAAAGCGGAUGAUUUUUCUAUAACCCAUAGCGAAUCCAACGGUUGUGAAAUGUGUCUCAGAUUGAAAUACUACGUGUCGGGCAUACCGGUCACUUUUAGUAUGAAACUCGAAGCGGCUGGUCAAGAGCAGGUAUCGCAGCAUGUGCUGCUGCCCGUGUGGCGCUCGUUACUCGUCCUGUACGAGGAGAAUUGUGCCCUCAGAAAUAUGCUGCUGAAGAAAGACAUCGAAAUUGACCAGUACAAGUUGGAGGGAGCUGUCCUCAAGCGAAACCUUGUAGCUACGGCAAAAUUCGAUGAGGCAAAAUUUGACAGCACAUUUCCCCUGACAAUCCCGGAGGAAGGUCUGAAGGUUCGUGAACUGAUCAAACCAAAGGAACGACGUGGAAAUCUGAUGAAGCUGCUGCAGAUUGAAUGUAGGCAAGUGCCGGCCGAAACGGCAAGUCCUGGAAAGCUGACCUUAGCAAACGCACUGACUCCCACUAGGAAAAGUCCUGGUGGACGUGCUAAAGGAUUGAGCGCUAUCUUUGCGAAGCAAAGGGUGCCUAAAUCUCUUUCCACGUCAUCGUCAUCACUGAAGCGGCUACAAUCUGGCAUGGCAGAUGAUGACGACAAGGAUGAUGUUUUAGAGAAAGAUAAUUCCUGCUUCGACAUUAGUUUAGGGAAAGAUUUGAAGAUACGAAAAAUUACCAAACUUUAGGAUACUAACUAAGAGUAACCGUAUGCGACCCAGUCGCACCUGCUCUGGUUGUUUGAGAGCGUAUCCAGUCGAUUUUAUCCCUUAUGCUGUAGAACUCCACAGGCCCUCCACAUCGUUGCGGAUUUGAUCCUAGAAUUCCUGCCAGCGAUCCAUCACACAGCAACGGUGAACCAAGAUCUCUAUAGCAUGCUCCGGAAGAAGUUUGCUCUCCACUUGCACAUAUAACACUAGGUGAACAAUUCUCUACUCGGAUUCGCAUGUACACUUCCUGCAAGUGAUCAACCACAUUCCAGUCACUAUCGUUGGCUCCCCAUCCGACCAGAAUACACUGCUUCUGUGAUUGUU